AUGACGACCACACACCGACCUUUGUCGGAAACCAGUCCCACCACAAAACAACUGAAUAUGACACUAAAGACCCUAAAAAACGAUCCUUCAAUUGUCAUCCUGCCUGCCGACAAAGGUCGGUGCGUGGUCGUCAUGGAUACAGCCGAAUACAAGGAGAAGAUAGAAGCAUUACUGAGUGAUGAAUCAACUUAUAUCAAAAUAACCGAUAAACGAAGAAAUCCUACAUCACAUGUUGAAAAAGACCUCAAUAAACUUCUCCAAGAUAUCAAGAAGCAACCCAGUGGACAUGACUCUAAUAAACCCCAACUUCCUGAUAAACUUUAUUACCACCUUCACAGCACGGAUGCAUUACCUGCAGCAUUCUAUGGUUUACCCAAAAUCGACAAACCUGAAAUACCUCUUCGCCCAAUAACCAGUUGUAUCAGUUUUGCCACAUACAACCUCUCCAGUCACCUGGUACAUAUUUUAUCACCGCUUCAGACCCGAAAAUUUUCCGUAAAGAAUAGUUCGGAGUUCUCAAGCAAAAUUGCCAAACACCCUAUACCAGACGAUGCAGUAAUGGUAUCCUUCGAUGUUGUCUCAUUGUUUACGUCAAUCCCAGUUGAACUUGCAUUAUCUGUUGUUCAAAGAAGAUUAGAUGACGAUAAAGAUCUCCAAGAUCGGACAGACAUCUCCCGAACAAACAUCUUAAGAUUACUCAAAUUUGUCCUCACAAACAGCUAUUUCACGUAUGAAAACACGUAUUAUCAACAAAUAUUCGGUUGUGCCAUGGGCUCCCCCAUUAGUGCCACCGUGGCGAAUAUAAUCAUGGAACACAUUGAAGAUCAGGCCAUUACAUCAGCAGCGCACCCUCCUAUAUGGUGGUUUCGCUUUGUAGACGAUAGCCACACAGGCCUACAUAAAGACCAUGUACAAGAAUUCCACGACCACUUGAAUUCAAUCAACCCACACAUACAGUUCACAAUUGAGAUGGAGCAAGACAACAAACUUGCUUUCCUAGAUACCAUCACAUACCGCAAAGAUGGACACAUACAAAUCAAGGUUUACCGGAAAACAACCCACACAGACAAGUACCUAGAUUUCAAUUCCCACCACCCAGCCACUCACAAACGUUCCGUUGUCAACACUUUAUUAGACCGUGCAGACAACAUUCCGUCAACAAGAAAUGGCAAACGCAAAGAAAGAAAACACGUCAUGAAAGUACUACAAAGUAAUGGAUAUUCCACCAAAUUCAUCAAAAAUUGUGAUACUAUGCGUAAAUGUUCAAAAGAUAGAACCAACAAUGAGAAUGAUUCUGCAGGCCUAGUUGUAUUACCCUACAUCCAAGGAGUUUCAGAACGCAUUGCCAGAGUACUUAGACGCGAAAAUCUCAAAGUUGGCUAUAAACCCAUUAGGACCUUGAACAACUGCUUUCCAAAACCCAAAGACAAACCAAAUAUUAUGCAGUCCAGGGAAGUGAUAUACCAAAUCAACUGUCAGAAUUGUGAAUUUGUGUACAUUGGACAGACCGAACGUGCACUCCGGACCCGGCUCAAAGAACAUCAACGAGCCAUCAUUAAACAGGAUAAGAAUUCUAAAUUAGCCCAACACGCAACUUUACACAAACACAGUAUAGAUUUAAAAAACCCCAAGAUUAUAGACAAAGCAAACAAUUAUCGACAACGUUUGUUCCUUGAAGCAUGGCAUUCCCAAAGGGCCACCAAUGCCGGUAGUGAUCAUAUCGAAUUACCUGGCAUUUAUGUUACUCUAAAUUAG